AUGUAUAAUCGCGAGUCUAGGAUUAUGCGCAAGCUACUUGGCAAAGCGGCGCCCGACUCUGCGACUGGUGACUUGGCUUCCAUCACCGGCACGACCACACCUAUUCCGACCUCGUACCGCCCGCCCAAGGCGCAAAACGCUGUCUAUGUCGCGGGAGCCCCGAUAUCGUGCUUUGACGUCUCUGCUGAUCGUCGUGCCGUCGUCCUGGGAGGAGCGCAUAUACUUAAGACGAUCCUUCUAGACGACCUGACCGCCCCUAGCUUCAACUUCAGCGACGGAAUCGAUGUGCGCACCGCCAUUACCACGAGGCAGUCUACUGGCUCUCGCCAGAAUGUUGUGGCUGAUCAGCUCAAUAUACGCGAUGUGAAAUGGCAUGGCAGUUCUCACAUAUACACCGCCUGUGCCAGCGGCAAAGUCUUCUCCUACGAUCUGACGCGUUUCGGCGCAGGCGACAAUGAACCUCUUGACUAUAUCCUGAUGCAAGAAGACUCCCGGCAGAUGAAUAGUUUGGACAUAAGUCCUCACCUGAAGACUUGGCUACUGACCGGUGGACAAGAUGGAACUGCGCGCGUCUUUGAUUGCGCAACUACAACCGCCGCGAGACACGGCCCCAGCUUCAGGCAACGCUUUGCACCUCUUAGAUGCAUCGAUCCUAUCAGAAAAGUCAGAUGGUCCCCUUCCAACGGUCAUGAGAUGGCUUGCUGCACGGAGAGCGGCGUGAUUAUGAAGUGGGAUGUGCGACAGCCCUCACGCCCUCUUCUUCGAAUCAAUGCACAUGAGAAAUCAUGCUCGGAUAUUGCGUGGCAUCCUGACGGCACUCACCUGAUUAGCUGCGGCAUGGACACAAAGAUCCACACUUGGGACUUGAGCAACACGGCGGACAAGAGACAGAAGCCGAAAUGGACCAUAUCAGCGCCCGCGCCGGUGGCUGCUGUGGCCUGGCGCCCGGGGCUUUGGUCUGCAAGUGCCCAUGCCAGGCGGGUUGCACAGAUUGCUGUUGCCUAUGAUGAGACUAGCAGUCGAAGAUAUGGCACUUCUGCCGUGCACAUUUGGGAUCUGGCGAGGCCAUCCAUGCCGUAUAAAGAAAUCGAUCGAUUCGAAACAUCUCCGUCUGCUGCGGCAUGGCAGGACCAGGAUAUGCUAUGGACCGUUGGACAAGACGGAACUUUCAACCAAUGUGAUGUGGCAUUCGCGCCCAAGGUCAUUGAUCGCCAGUCGACUUCUGCCAUGGCAUUUUCUCCACGAGGAGAUGUGCUCAUGUUUCUUGACGAGCGUUCACUAUCACACCGGCCGCGGUUUCCGGCAGUACAUCAUUCCGAUGCUAUGCAACACGCCGCAUACAGCCCUAGCCCCAGCAACCAGGGCCUCAGCAUAAGUCGGAGCGAUUCUGAAGAUGAUGUAAUGGGCACCUUUCUUGGAUCACGGCGCAGGAUACCUCGAAAGAGGAGACCGAGUGGAAGAGGCGCCGGUCCCUUGAGCACCACACCACCGUCUGCCGGAGCACCAUUUGCCGACGACAACAAGGAAAAUAUGGGCCUGGAGCAAUCUGUAAAUGUGACGGGAGUCUUCAAGCCCCAGCAAGCCAUGUCUUUUGGACCCAUACCCGCAGUAAAGCCAGUACAGGUCUAUCACUUUUUAUCUAAUGCCUACUUGGAGACCCUGAAGCGCGAGCUUCCGUAUACUGAUGGCGGCAAGCCGUUGGUAGAGAGGGUCGGGAUCAUCAUGGAACAGUACGCGAAAGCCGCUGAAACAGCAAACUUGUACCGUCUGGCGCAGACCUGGCGUAUCCUAGCGUAUGCCAUGAAUCUUCUCCUCAAACGCAGGGCACAGUACCACUUGGAGGUUAGAGUUGGCCAAUUCCAGAAACUACAAGUCGACGACGCGGCAAAAGCGCCAGACAGGCUGAAGGCCUCCGAAAUGUUUGCCAAUGGGACAGAUACCCCUAAGCGACCGUCAGGUCAAAGAAGCAGCAUCGACGGCCGAUUCCACUCUGUUCGGUCUCUGCUCGCGGAGGAGAUCGAAAGCACUUCUAAUGUGCCAACACCCGUGGCAAGGCCAGCCGAUAGCGCGGCGAACACGGCCGUUCCAGGUCAUGGCGAUGCGGUACAUCAGCAUGGCAAACGAUUGUCGCCAAUAGUCGAGCCGGAGUCUCUCACAAUCGGACCUGCCGCUCACGGGUCCUACGGAGAGUCCCAAAGUCCACGGCAACGUCAAGACUCGGAACUUGUAUCCAUGGGGAGUGAGCGCAGCGAUGAACCGGCCGCUUCAUGCACCGACGGCUACGACUUUUACGAUGCAGAGGUCUUGGCAAGGGCAAUUGAUGUUCCCGUGCCGAAGAAGCGGAACGACUCGAGGGGACGGCCUUACCGCGGCACGACCGUCAGGCAGGACUCGGACGAAAGCUUUGGCCAGAUGUUUUCCAUCUCGAAUGGAACAAAAAGAUCCGGGAGGACGGGAUCUCGCGGCGAAGCGCUUGCCAAGUCGCUCAGCCGGGAGCAGUCGGAACUGGAGAGAGAAAGCGGUGCUUCUAGCACCGACUCUCCGGUCAUAGCAGAUACGUUGACGGGGAGCAACGAUCGCCCCCCACGCUCCAACGACUCCGGAGAGGAGGUUUUCAUGGCUUCACAGACGACAAACACAGACGAAAGUUAUCCGUCUCAAUCAUCCUUCACAUCGCAGGACAUGGAUGGGGAAAGCUCAGGGGCAUCGCCUCACAAUUCGGUUCCAGAAAUCAGAACCAGCCGAUCAGUCAGACCCAGGAAGAAGGAGUCGUCGCUGUCAGCAUCACCUCGCCAUGACCCUCGGUCUCACAUUGUCGAGACAGAUUAUCUCCCAUGGAGCAGCGACCCGGCGCACCCGCAUCCCGGAAGCAGCGCUCACAGCUCCAAGACAAGCGUGGCGCCCGUGUCGCCCCUCGACCCCUACAGCCUGCUGCUCCGCGCCCUGGACUUUGAAUCCAAAACAUGGGCCCUGAAUGCCUCGGCAAUGGUCCUGCUGCUAGGACCGCUGGUGCCAACUUCCAUCAUCGACAGCCACAGGGCCAACGCCAUCCUCCGCCAACACCACCUCCGGUUGAUGCGAAUGGGUCUCUUUGUCGAGGCGGCUCUGCUCCGCAACCUCUGCGUGCAAGGGUGGCCCGGCGGCCUGCCAGACUGGGGAGACAACUACCCGUCCAUCUUUGGCGCCGCCCAGCAGGGCGUCAAGGUGGGCUUGUUCUGCUCGUCGUGCCGCAAGCCGCGAGAAGUCGACCCGUGGGCAGGCCGGGACGCGGUAUGGACCUGCGAACGGUGUCAAAGCGUCAUGGCGCCGUGCCCGGUCUGCGGCCACCGCGAGGCGGCGCGCCCGUCCAUGAUCCCGCCCGAGAUAUCGCCAUCCGCCUCGGACGUCGAGUCCGACACGUGGCUGUCGGAAUGGUGGUACUGCCCGGGGUGCGCGCACGGCGGCCACGCCUCGUGCCUGCAGCUCUGGCACGGCGCGUCUCAGACCGGUGCCGCGGCCGCCGCAGACCCGUACCCGUCGGCCAAGUACAGCGAUGGGUGCUGUCCCUCUGACGGCUGCGGCCACGCCUGCCUGCCCGGCCGGUACCGCGGCGAGACCAUGGCAGCCCGGUCGGACGAGCUGGGCCGCGCGGCGGUCGAGUCGUCCCGCGCCAGAGAAGGGCCCGCGAGCCGCGGCGGCAGCAGAUGGUCGAGCCCCGGCGCGCCGCACGACCGCAGCGUCAAGACGGACAUGAACGACGUGCCGCAGAGCAAGGCCGUCGGCAUGGCGAGAGAGGCCCUGAACAGGGGCGGCGGCGGCAUCCUGAGUUCCAGCCCGGGGAGGUCAAGCACUGCCGGGGACAGAGAGCGCAGGAAGAGCGUAAAGUUUGCAAGGACAGACCGCUGA